AUGAUGAUGUAUGGGUGGUCAGGUGAUGAUGUCUUCGUGCCCAAGUUGGGGAGAACGUCAGCUGCGGCGCGAGCUGCGUGCCAGCCAGUCAUCCUUCGUAUUCGUGCGUGCGACAGAGGGCGAGCUCUUCGCUCCGAGUCUCUUUUCUCUCCGGCUGGGGGGUCGUCGUUCGCCCAUUGCCCAUUGCGAAGGGAUUAUUCGCUGCCUGGGCGAGGACGGGCUGGCGAGUGGGCGGCGGGAUGGCUGGCUGGGAUGCAUGAGGCGGCGACGGCGGCGGUGGCAUGCUGCGACAUGGAUGGAUGA